AUGGAUGUGUGGGGCCCAGCCCCCGUCCGUGGGCAGGGUCACAAGCGCUACUUCCUGUUGGUGGUUGACGACUACUCGCGUUACACCACAGUCCUCCCCUUGCGCAGCAAGGGUGCGGUCACUGAGACCUUCACGCUUCCGGACUCACCACAGCAAAAUGGGAUUGCUGAGCGCCGCAUUGGCAUGGUCAUGGAUGUCGCUCGUACGUCCAUGAUGCAUGCGGCUGCCCCCCAUUUUCUGUGGCCGUUUGCGGUGAGGUACGCGGCGCAUCAGCUCAACCUUCACCCCCGGGUCUCUCGGCCUGCGAUGUCCCCAGCCUUGCUGUAUACGGGGAAGGUUGGCGAUGCGUCUGCGUUCCGUGUCUGGGGAUCUCGGGCGUUUGUCCGCGACUUGUCUGCGGACAAGCUGUCCCCUCGUGCUGCUCCCUGUGUCUUCCUUGGCUUCCCCACUGACGCCCCAGGGUGGCAGUUUUACCACCCCUCCUCUCGUCGUGUUCUGUCCUCCCAGGACGUCACCUUCGACGAGUCAGUCCCCUUCUACCGUCUCUUCCCCUACCCCACUCCUUCCCUCCCCCCUCCUUCGGACUUCCUUGUGCCGGUUCCUCCCCCGGUAGACCCCCUCCCCCCUCAGGUUCCUGCCCCCUCAGGUGUGUCCCAGGUAGACGCCGUUGACCCGGUCGAGGUUACUGGUGACUCUGGUGCUGCUGCGGGUGCUGAGCCUGGGGGUGCUGACUCUGGGGGUGCUGUUCGCGGGGGUGCUGAGCCUGGGGGUGCUACUGCUGGGGGUGCUGGGCCUGGGGGUGCUACUGCGGAGGGUGUGGAGCCUUGGGGUGCUGAGCCGGGGGAUGCUGUGCCUGGAGGUGCUGGGUCUGGGGGUUCUGGGUCGGGAGCUGCUGAGCCCGGGGGUGCUGAGCUGGGAGUUGCUGAGCCUGGGGGUGCUGCGUCUGGAGCUGCCGAGCCUGGGGUGUCUCCUACUGCUGCGCCUCGCCGGGAGCCCCUCUCUCCACAGGAGCUGCGCGAGUGGUUCGCUCGCCGCUGGAGGCGUGCUGCUGAGUCUGGGGGUGCUGCUGGAGCUGGAGCUGGAGCUUCUUCGACAGUCGAGGGUGCUGGUGCUGCCGAUCCCGGAGCUGCUGGGCCUGCGGGUCCUCCUGGAGCUGGAGCUGCUGAGGGUGUUGGUGCUGAGACUCCUGCUGUUGGUCCUGCCACUGGAGGUGUUGGUGGCGCUGGUGCUGUCGCUGAGGGUGCUGGUGCUGUCCCUGCUGCGUCAGGAGCUGCCGCGCGGCCUCGGCCGUACUUCGUUCCGCUCCUGCAGCAGGUUCUUGGUCUUUCUCCUCCAGUAGAGGGUCCACCGCCUGUCCAGUCGCAGUCCCUGCUGGACCCUUCCUCUCCACUGCCUGCUCCCUCUCCUUACACUGGUCCUACUGGAGGUCUUGCUGAGCGUCGUGAGCCUGCAUCUCGUCCCGCGUCGACUGUUCGUACUGCUCGCGCUAGUGGUCGUAGUUCGCGUCAGCGUCCUCCUCCUGUCCCUGGUACGCACCGGAUGUCUUUGCGUCCGUCCACUGCUCCUGUGCGUGCCCCUUUGCCUUCUUCUCCUGAGUCUUCUCUUCCUGCGCUUGCCGACCCUGAGUCGGACUCUCUUCGUGCUGCCAGUCCUACUGUCACGCGUCUGCUUGCUACUGUCGUCACUGACCCAUCUUUUGAGUCCACUGCUGCGUCUGCUCUAGUCGCUGAGCUCGUCGACUUUGCUGCUCGCUGUCGUCUCGACUACGCUGCUAGUCUUGUUGCUGGGUCUGCGUCUGCCUGUCCUCCGUCCGUCGGGGGUGAGUGUGCUCUUGGCACGGACGUCCCAGAGGACAGGCAGGAGGAGUUACAGUGUCUAGCGGCUGCUUCACCUCAUCUCGCGUCUGUACUGCUUGCCCCUGAGGGAGACCCGGAUGCACUAGACAUCUCGACUCCGCGUUCUUACGCGGAGGCCGUAGAGGGUCCCUACUCCUCUCAGUGGCAGGCAGCUAUGGAUGCAGAGAUGGCUUCCUGGAAGUCCACAGGCACCUAUGUUGACGCGGUUCCCCCUCCUGGGGCGAACAUUGUCUGUGGCAUGUGGAUCUUCAGGGUGAAGCGGCCGACGGGCUCUCCACCUGUCUUCAAGGCACGGUACGUUGCUCGUGGCUUCAGUCAGCGGCAGGGAGUUGACUACUUUCAGACCUUCUCUCCCACCCCGAAGAUGACUACUCUUCGGGUGCUGCUGCACAUAGCCGCUCAGCGCGACUGCGAGCUUCACUCUCUCGACUUCAGCACUGCGUUCCUGCAGGGUAGCCUGCACGAGGAGAUCUGGCUGCGCCGUCCGCCUGGCUUCACUGGGACUUUCCCUCCUGGCACCCAGUGGAGCCUCCGACGGCCAGUCUACGGUCUCCGCCAGGCACCGCGUGAGUGGCACGACACACUGAGGACUACGCUUGCGGCUCUUGGGUUUGCUCCUUCUACUGCUGACCCGUCGCUGUUUCUUCGCACCGACACUUCCCUGCCGCCGUUCUACAUCCUCGUGUACGUCGACGACUUGGUCUUUGCCACAGCGGACACUGCUGGACUCGCCUACGUGAAGUCCGAGCUGCUGAAGAGACACACGUGCACAGACCUGGGUGAACUGCGCAGCUACCUUGGCUUGCAGAUCACUCGGGACAGAGCACGCCGCACCAUCACCUUGACUCAGUCACACAUGGUGCAGCAGGUCCUUCAGCGCUUCGGCUUCACGUACUCCUCGCCUCAGGCCACUCCUCUGCCUACUCGCCACUCACUCUCAGCUCUGCCUUCGGAUGAGUCCGUAGAGUCGAGUGGUCCGUAUGCAGAGCUUGUUGGCUGCCUCAUGUACCUGAUGACCUCCACACGACCUGACCUUGCAUACCCUCUGAGCAUCCUUGCACGCUAUGUUGCUCCUGGGAGACACCGACCAGAGCACAUGGCUGCAGCGAAGAGGGUAUUGCGCUACCUGUGCAGUACGUCGGGCAUGGAGCUAGUGCUUGGAGGGCGGAGUCCAGUGGUCCUUACAGGCCAUGCGGACGCUUCUUGGGCUGACGACCAGGCUACGCAGCGGUCGUAA